AUGGCAGCAGAAAAAUAUGAAUUCCCACCUCUUCCAUCUCAGGAAGAGUUAGAUACUCAUGACGUUCCAUUCGUACAUAGGGACAAUUGUGCCGCUCCUUUGAUCGAAUACUACAAAUGUCUUAACAAGGGUACGUCAUUUUGCUCAGCAACCAAGGAAGAGUUCUUCAAGUGUCAAUACUUUGCUCUUAAGGAGAGACUUGCCAACCACCAAAAGCAAUAG